UAAUGAACUACCUCAACUGUCCUCUUGCUUUUCUGAAAUUUACAUUAGAAAGUCCUUUAUUCCCAUCUCGGAGCUUCGACAUUGUUCCGUUCUCUCUGUCUCACCGAUUCUUCUAUCUCACUGAAAAGGGGCAAUUUUGUUCGAGAUUUGACAUGGAUUCUAAUGACUCCAUAUCUAAAUCUGAUCCCAAAGUUUCAGUCUUUUCUUGAAUCACCAUGUCAUCACGGACACAUCCCUCAUCCCCCAAAUCCAAGUUUCAAGUAACGAUAAACAAGAUGAGCCAGAUAGUGAUUAUUCUAGUUCAGGGGGCGGAUUUAGAUAGAAAGAAUUACCUGCAUAGGUUCUUCAAUGCAUUCUUCUCUGCCCAUCUACAUGAUCUCUUUUUCCUUUCACUUUUGUUGGGAGCAGGUACGAAGUGGCGAUGCUAGUGCAACAGAGCUUUUUGAACUUGGAGUAGUGAUGCCGAGGAGAAAAAUUUAUCCAGCUGCUACUAAGUACUUGGUUCAGGCAAUUGAGAAAUGGGAUGGGGAUGACCAAGAUCUUGCUGAGGUUUAUAAUGCCCUUGGGGUCAGUUAUGUCUGUGAUAGGAAGCUUGGUGAUGCUUAUGAACAGAAGAAAGACUUUAAGUCCGCCCUGAAUGCAUUUGAAGAAGUGCUUCUUUUUUAUCCUAACAACAAAGUGGCGCAAACACAGCGAGAUACUUUGAAGGAACAAGUGAAAUUGUACAUAGAUGUCCUCGUUAAAACAAAGGAGAGAUAAUUUGACUGGUAUGUAUCAAGUGUUAUCUGAUCUACAGUUGGUGAGGAUCUAAGUCAGCCACACCUUAUUUAAAUUGGCUUGAUGAUCUGAAAUAGCUAGUGAUAGUUGAGGUAUCAUUGAUUUUGUAUGGUCCAGAUUACAGACUGAAU